AUGUCCAAUAUGGAGAAUGAAGAGCAAAUGGAGGAAUCCUCGUCUGAAAGCGAAGAUGAUGAAAUGGAAGAAGGCGACCAACCCGAAGAAGAUUCACGACCUAAGACCUAUCUUCCCGACCAGCCAUUACAAGAAGAUGAGCAUUUAAUUUGUGAUCAAUCAGCCUAUGUUAUGUUGCACCAAGCACAAACUGGUGCUCCGUGCCUUAGUUUUGAUAUAAUAACCGACAACCUAGGCAAUGAUCGCCAAGAAUUUCCCAUGACGGCUUACUUGGUUGCCGGUACACAAGCAUCGAGCGCCCACUUAAAUAAUGUUUUAGUUGUAAAAAUGUCUAAUUUACACACCACCUCAAAACCAGAGGAUGAAGAAGAAUCCGACGAAGAUGAUGAUGACGACGAAGAAGAAGAUGAAGAAAAGAAACCACAAAUGACUUUUGCAUUCAUCAAACACCAGGGCUGUGUGAAUAGAAUAAGAACCACAAACUACAAAAACUCAGUUUUGGCAGCAACUUGGUCUGAAUUGGGAAGGGUGGAUGUGUGGAAUAUAACACAGCAAUUACAAGCAGUUGAUGAACCAACAUUACUUGAGAGAUACAAUCUGGAUACUGUGUCUAAUCCAGUGAAACCAUUAUAUUCAUUCAAUGGUCACCAACAAGAAGGGUUUGGCAUGGACUGGUGUCCUACUGAGCCAGGAGUGUUAGCGACAGGUGAUUGCAGAAGAGACAUACAUAUAUGGAAGCCAAAUGAAGCUGGUACUUGGACAGUGGACCAAAGACCAUUAGUCGGACAUACAAGUUCUGUAGAAGAUAUCCAAUGGUCACCAAACGAAAAAAAUGUCCUGGCUACUUGUUCAGUUGAUAGAACUAUCAGAAUAUGGGAUACAAGAGCACCACCACACAAAGCGUGUAUGCUGACAGCUGAAAAUGCUCAUGAGAGAGAUAUUAAUGUUAUAUCUUGGAAUAGAAAAGAACCAUUUAUAGCAAGUGGUGGCGAUGAUGGUUUUCUUCAUAUAUGGGAUCUCCGUCAAUUCACUCGCAGUACACCUGUUGGUACUUUCAAACAUCAUACUGCGCCAAUUACUUCAGUUGAAUGGCACUGGACGGAGCCCAGUGUGCUUGCCUCAGCAGGAGAAGAUAACCAAGUUGCCCUGUGGGACCUUGCUGUUGAAAGAGAUGAUGAAGAAGUAGUGGAAGAAGAACUAAAGAAUUUACCACCACAAUUGCUGUUUAUUCAUCAAGGACAAACAGAUAUUAAAGAACUUCAUUGGCACAAGCAAAUUCCUGGUGUCAUAGUGACAACUGCACAUACAGGAUUCAAUAUAUUUAAAACAAUAAGUGUAUAA